GCACAUCCCGCCGGACUUUCCAAACACCAGGCCCACACUCUCAGCGCCUGUCGUUUUUCUGUCCCCCUACUAUUCUCGAGCAGCACAACGACCAGUCGAUGCCAAAAUGACCUGUCCACCUCGAGCACUCGUUUCAGAGCCAUUUGCCUGCCAAGUGGAAACCGUCGAGCGGGCCCUUAUCGAGGUCCAGAGCCAGCCGCUGUCAUACUACGGGCGGCGCGGCAACAACACAAACACAGCGGCCCGAAACCUGCCCCAAAUGGGGCUUUCCGCCGCCAGCCACAGCCUCAUGGGCCCGGCCAAUAUGGGGUCCCUCCUGAACCCGCAUGUUCCGGGCCAGCAGACCGCGGGCAAGCCCGGGCACGGCGCCGGUGCCGGCGCGUUCUUUGCGAACAGCAAGUACGGCUUUUACGCGCCCAACAACCAGCGGCCCCAGACACACCAAAACCCGCCGCCCGCCAUGGAUGUUUAUGGCAACACGUACCGCGGGGCCUCGGGGCCCUCGGGCCUUGCUCUUGGCGGCAGCCCGGCAGCCGCCGGGUUCCACGUGCCGUUGGGCGCCGGGGGCUUGACGCCCCACAUCCCGCAGGUGUUCAACGACGAGAAGGUAUUCGUGGGCGGCGCGGUCGGGAACCUCGGCGAUUCGCCCGCGUUGAUGGACGCGAAGAAACAGGACGCGUUGGCCACGUUCGACCCGUUCGGCAGCGAGUUCUCGGGCCAGGGCUCGCACGGGCUGCUUUUCCUGCCCAUGUUCAGUUCCCCCCGCCAGAUCUUGGGCUCCGCCUACAGCUCGACGUCGUCGAACAUCUGGGGCAACAGCGGCAAAAGCAUGACGGGCGACGCGGCCGUGUGGGGCUAGCCAGCGCGCUGGAACCGGGCCGGGUGUGUUUCCGUGCUGGUGUUUUUGCGGGGCCGUUCUGAGAGCCCAGAGGGCGGGCCAGGCGGAGGGCGGGCCAGGAGGAGAGCGAACCGAGGAGCGGGGAGCGCAGAAACAAACAGAAGGAAAGAAAAGCAAUGGAGUGAAGAAGGAGAAAGAACGAAGAGAAACU